AUGGACGUGGCACUGAGCCGCAAACGCUCGCGCCUGGCCCUCGACGAUGACGACGAUCUGCCACCAAAAAGGGAGCCGUCGCCUGCGCCAUCUCCGUUUGGAGACACUCUGAAGAAAUCAAAAACACAGUGCGAGCUGGAAGAGCUGGAAAUCAUACGCCCGGAAGAUGCGUGGACUGUCGAUGUAGACGCCAUACUAGCCAGCAAUGUGCUCGCAGCACCACCGGAUAGUAAGCUACAGGCGCAUAAUAACUGGGCCAGAUAUCAACGAGGCCAGUCGAUAACUGUGCUGUGCGUGCAAGGUAAUGUUCAGAUACACUUUGAGCUCUUAUGCUCGGCCUUGCCAGACCUCUACAAACUCUCGCCCUCGCUCCAAGCCCUUGUUCUCUGUCAUGACCCUUCUACACAUCGCCUCUCUCCAUCUGCACCCUUUUCGCUCCCUUUAGUACAGGCUGCCACCACAUCCAACAACCACUUUGUGCGGCUGGGUCUCUUGCAUCCUCUGGGCGGAGGAAAGUUCCCAUUAGAUGCGCUCGUUGUCUUGGAUAGAAAUGCAAAGAGGAGACUGGUUUUGCCGUUUGGAUGGGGCGCUGGCAAACACGCGGGGACGCCUGCGGGCCGAAGCAUACAGAUGACACUGAUGCGCUUACUAAGAAGUUGCGUUGAGCAAUUGCAGCAGGAAAGCUGA